AUGGGGGUUUUCCAGGCAGUGGUGGUGUCCUCGGUGGGGCCCAUGGCCCGGAGCUGGUUGCACCAGCGCUGGUGGUGGCUCUUGGUCGUGACCACAAGUGGACUGCUUCUCUCGACCGCGGCCGACUGGUCCUUUUCUUCCGUCAAGGAUAACCGACAUUUCCGGCCAGGAUCAGAGGUCCUGGUCUUCCUGAGAGACCAGUGCAGCAGAAGCGAGGAUCGCGCCGAAAUUCAGGAGUUCAUCUCGCGAUACAGCACCGCGGUCUCCGUGAAGGUGCUCCCGAAAUCGAUGACCUGCGAGACCAGGUCUCAGGGUCUAGGGGCCCUGGUGCAGAUCCUCGGCCAGGCCACCACCACGACGAUGAUCGCCACCCUGGACAGCAGCAUCUGCGACGUCGCUGGGAGACUCGCCCACCUCUGGGACAAGUUGCUCAUCACUUGGACCUGUCCCCUGAGGACCGUCGAGGAGAGGGAACUGUCUUCUAUCGUUAGACUUUCCCCUGCAUUUCCGGUUUUGGCCCAGGCACUGGCCGAGAUUUUCCUGCACUUCCGGUGGAAGUCGGUCGCCAUCAUCAGCACGGAUCACGAGAUCUGGUCCAGCCUGGACCGUGCAGUUGUCGGAGCGCUGAGAGGAAUCGGGAUCAUCCCGAGACAUCACGCGGUGGUCCCCUUUCGAGGCACUGCCAAGCAGAUCCAUGGAUCCCUGAGAUCGCUAAACUCCAUUCCCUGCAGAGCCAUCGUCCUCUGUUUGCCCCUGGACGACGAAUUCUCCGGGAUGGUGCUGUCCGAGCUGGACCUAAUCCAGGAAACCCAGGCUCCAACCUCCGCCAUUGUGCUUGUGCAACACGAUGGACCGGAUCUCUUCCUGCCAAGUCAAGUUUCCGUGUCUUCCAAUGCCGAAGAGGUCCCAAUCUCGAACUCUUCUGGUCCAUCCGGGCCGAAUGCAACGCGAAACGCCAUCGACGUAUCCCUAGGGAACAGGGAGGUGUCCUGGAAAUUCUCACCCCCGCGGAACCUGAGCAAAACCACCCUCGACAACUUCCUGGCGAUCGUGCCCUUCGAGAAGAGGUACGACGUGUGGAGGAUCUACAACGGAUCCGAGAGCAUCUCCAUGCCCAGCACGAGAGAUAGGCUAGCCGAAUGUGUGGAUGUCCUGACUAAUGAUAACGCCAGCCUCAACUCCUUCAACAACAAGAUGUUCACUUAUGUUCUCUUGGACUGGCGAGGAUCAACCUGGAGGCCGGUCAUCGCUGUCCUGGAAGUGGAGGAUCAACUCGUCCUGAAGGAAUUCGCUGGAAACCUGCUGGCCGGUCGCGAGAUCUUCGACACCCUCUGCGUGGACGAGACCGAGUGUCCUGCUAGGGACCUUCCCGGAAUGCCAUUCCGGACCGCACAUAUCGUAGCCAUAAUCCUGGGGUCCUUGCUCUUCGUCCUGGUCACCUUCGUCAUCGCUGCACUGAUUCGGUAAUCGAUCGGUUAACGUUGCAGGAGGCACCUGUUGAAGAAGAGGAUGUCGAAGGGUCCCUACAAGAUCAUCCUGACAGCCUCCGACUUCGUCUUCCCGCAGGUGCCGGAUUCGAGGAGGGUCGACGAGGGGAUCGAGGCGAUGCUCUGCUGCUGGCUGCAACAGCUACAGGAAUUCGGGGGACCGGAAGUGGAGAAGCCAGACCUUCUUCAGGGUAGCGUGGGCUCGCUGAGACCACAUCUUCAGGCCAGCACCGGAAGUCUCGCCAGGCACACCAUCCUGAGGGACCCCCGGGCCAGGUACAACGGAGACCUGGUGCAGCUGAAGGAACUCCCUUGUCAGGGCACCUUCGAGCUGAAGAGCAAGGCGAUGGACGUGCUGGUCACGAUCCACGGCCUACGGCAUGAGAAUCUGAACCCUUUGAUAGGGUGUCUGACGGAGCCGGCGAAACCCUGCCUGGUCUUCGAGUACUGCUCGAGAGGGUCCUUGGAGGACGUGCUGGUCCAGGACGAGAUCAAGCUCGACUGGUCCUUCAGGCUCUCGCUCCUAACGGACCUCGUCAGGGGUAUGAAGUACCUCCACAGCACGCCCAUCAGGGUCCAUGGGUACCUGACCUCGCGGAACUGCGUCAUCGACGCCAGGUGGGUCCUCAAAGUCACCGAUUAUGGACUGCCAGCUUUUUACGAGGCCCAGAACAUCGUGCCCCCCGCAAAGACCGCCAGAGACUUGUUGUGGACCGCUCCGGAAUUGUUGAGGCACUCUGGCCUUCGAAAACGAGGCACCCAACCCGGAGACGUGUACAGCUUCGGGAUCGUCAUGCAGGAAGUCGUCGUCCGAGGGGAGCCAUUUUGCAUGCUCGCCUUAUCACCGGAAGACAUAAUCGAGAAGGUGAAGAAGCCUCCUCCGCUCAUCAGACCCUCCGUCAGCAAAGGAGCAGCUCCUCCCGAGGCCAUCAACAUCAUGAGACAAUGCUGGGCAGAGGCUGCCGACAUGAGGCCUGACUUCAAUGCGGUCCACGACCUCUUCAAGAAGCUCAACCACGGGAGGAAGGUGAAUUUCGUCGACACGAUGUUCCAACUCCUGGAGAAGUACUCCAACAACCUCGAAGAGCUGAUCAGGCAACGAACGGAGCAGCUCGACAUGGAGAAGAGGAAGACGGAGCAGCUUCUGAAUCGCAUGCUCCCCAGCUCGGUCGCGGAGAAGCUGAAGCUGGGGAUGCCGGUGGACCCUGAAGAGUUCAACGAGGUGACCAUCUACUUCUCGGACAUCGUCGGGUUCACCACGAUCUCGGCUUACUCGACCCCCUUCCAAGUCGUCGAUUUAUUGAACGACCUCUACACGUGCUUCGACGCCACCAUUAACGCCUAUACGGUGUAUAAGGUGGAGACCAUAGGCGACGCUUACAUGGUGGUCGGAGGGUGUCCGGUGAGGAUCCCGGACCAUGCCUCGCAGAUCGCCACCAUGGCUCUGGAUCUGCUCCACCAGAGCGGGAAGUUCAAACUCAAACACCUUCCUAACACCCAGCUGAAGCUGAGAAUCGGCCUCCACACGGGGCCAUGCUGCGCCGGGGUGGUAGGCCUGACGAUGCCGCGAUACUGUCUCUUCGGGGACACGGUGAACACGGCGUCCAGGAUGGAAUCGACCGGGGCGCCGUGGCGCAUCCAUCUGAGCCAGGCCACCAGAGAUCGAUUGACCCAGGUCGGCGGGUACCACAUCGAGUACCGCGGCAGGACCGAAGUGAAGGGCAAAGGCAAGAUGCCCACUUACUGGCUCCUGGGCAAGCAGGGCUUCGACAAAGAGCUUCCAACGCCUCCUCCACUCGGGGAGAGCCACGGACUGGACGAGAGCGUGAUCCUGUGCAGUCUGUCGAUCCACGAUCAAGCGGAGUCCGGACCCACUCAGCUGGAGGUGCCCUCUUCCGAGGAGGCCGCCCCAGGUGAGGGGACGCCAGGGGGUCGCGCCUCUCCCUCGGGCCCCAGGAGCGCGGUGGAGCAUCCCGGCGCCAGGAAGGUGGCCGUGUCGGUGCACGACGGCACCGAGAGGGUCCUGACACCCAGCUACUCGAUAAAAUCCAGCGAACCCGUGGAGAUCCUCCGGGACAUCGUGAAGACGCCCGACUACAGCGGCAGCGCGACGGUGACGAAGAGCGCCUCCGGGGACACGCAGAUGUCCCUGGGGACGCCGGUGUCGGCGACGGAGGUCGCCGCGGCGCUGCUGGGGGCCUCGACGACCUCGCUGACGUCGAUCAGCAGCACCUUCCGGGGGCGGCACCGAGGGCGGGUGGGGGUGAUCGACGAGGACGACCUGAGCACCCCGUACAACCAGUACAGGUGCCUCUCGCCGAACGAGCAUUACGGCAAGGGCUCGACCUGCAAGCUCCUCAAGAGGCAGUUCAGCCUGGACCGACCGGACGAGCAGCCGUCCAUCGUCGUCCCCGAGUCCCAGAGCCUGAGGAACACCCCGAGGCUGCACAAGCAGAACAGCGCCGGGGCGGCGAACGACCUGGAGAGGAUCGAGGAGGUGCCAAGCACUCCCAGCCACCAGGGCUACCGACUCGCUGCUUCCAUGUCGCUCUCCGUCGAGUCCCUGUCGCUUCGCUGA